AUGUUAAGCAAACUGAUCAAGAGACGUUUAACGAUUCCAGAUUGGCGAUGGACCAUGAUCCGAAUUCCGGGUUGUGUUGGGCUUCUUGCUUUGGAACGUCAGGUCCACCUCCACACGCGGAUGGAGCCCUCGGCCUUGAGCCGCUACUAUGCCUGGCUCCCUUGGCAGGCAACUUCCCUGUCCAGCCCUCUUACUGCCUGGCGGCUUUUCAGCCAUUCGCUCGGCCAUGGAGGCUGGGACCACCUCCAGCACAAUCUCAUGCUGCUCUGUUUAGUGGGGCCGCCUUGUGAGCGGCACUAUGGCUCCACGGCCGUAUUCCGCGUGCUUAUCUGCUGCAGCGUGGCGGUGGCCAUCAGCCACUGGACUUUUGGCCCACGCAACGCGCAGAUCUUCGGCCUCUCAGGAAAUGUCUUUGCGCUGAUCACUCUGAAUGGCUUCGCUGGGUUCACUGGCCGCAAGGCCCUGCCUGCCACGGCUCUGCUGACCAUGGUCCUCUGGCUGGCAGGUGAGAUCGGUCCUCUUCUGCAUGGAAAAGCAGAUGGCAUCUCGCAUGCUUCGCAUCUGGUGGGUGCCCUCUUCGGCAGCUACUGUGGCUAUGCAGUAGGCCAAGUGCCGUCGCGCCGCAGCGCGUUCCAGGAGCUCUCGGGAAUUCAGGUAAAUCGUUGCCGUGCUUGCUGUGGCUUGCGAUGCAGGAGUGGCUGGAACGCCUCGGCUGGGGACGGCGAAGCACGAGAGCAUCCGCCUCGUCUUUCCGGAGCCUGA